UUGGGAAGAAUAUUUGAUGGGAGCUUACGAGAACAAUAAACUAGUGUCAGUGGAGCAGCCCACACUAAUCCUCUGUAAAACCACAAAUCCCCCUUCCCCCUCGGCUUCGUACCCGAAUCAAAUUCCCUGUAUCCAAUCACGACUCCUCCUCGGCUUCGUACCCAAAUCAAAUUCCCUGUAUCCAAUCACGACUCCUCCUCGGCUUCGUACCCAAAUCAAAUUCCCUGUCAUUGCCAUGCAGAAGCACUAUAUAGCCUGCACGGCUGCACCCCUAACCCGUUUUCAUCAAAGUUCCGGGACUUAUUAUUAGCCUUCUAAACUCGUCUUCCGCGAGCCUCACGAUUCUGCCGGUGACUACCAGAUUUCACCUGCAGAAUAGCCACAGCAGGUUGUCUUGUACUUGUUGUAUAUAUAUUUUAUAUAUACGAAGUGGACUGCGUUUGCAACCCAGUUUGAAUCCCAUGGAAGAGGCGACAAUCUGCACCAUAUGGAAUGCUGUCGGGAUGAGUUUGGAUCAGAGGUUUGCAAUAAUUAGGAGCAUAGGCUUGGAGAGCACUGAUGAGGAUGAUAUUAGGAGGCUACUGGGCAAGAAGGUUGCUCCAGUUUGCUAUGUUUGGUGUGAUCCCUCCCCUUCGGUACAUAUCGCCCAGGGGAUCAUGAUGGUGAUCAAUGUUAGGAAGAUGGUUAAAGCUGGUUGCAGAGUUAAAAUCUUGAUAGCAGAUUGGUUUGCUCGUAUGCAGCACAAAUUCGAUGGUGACCUAGCGAAAAUUCGGACUUUUGGACUUUACAUGAUUGAGAUAUGGAAAGCAGUUGGCUUGGACCUUAACGGGGUAGAGUUCAUAUGGUUGUCCGAUGAAAUAAAUAGCCAUUCAGCUGAAUACUGGGCACUGGUCAUGGAUAUUUUCAGAAAUAAUACUUUGAGGAAGAUAACAAGGUGCUGUGAAAUUGUGGAUCCAUUCAUGCUUAACAGAAAUAUUAAUGAUUCAUUUGACCCCAAAAAUGUGACGGCUUCAACUCUCUUUACCCCUUGCGUGCACUGUGCUGCUAUAUUAUUGCAAAAGGCAGACAUAUGGCUAUUGUCCAUGGAUCAUGAAGAGGAUCUUCACGACAAGCUAAUUAGACAGUACUGCAAAGGCAUGAAGCAUGAAAGACCUAUUAUUCUGUCCCAUAAUAAGCUGCCCAAUUUAAUAGAACACCCUGAAUUAGCUAAGAAUGGAGAUCCAUCUUGGGCUAUCUUCAUUGAAGAUCGGGAGGUUUAUUUGAGUUACAAACUAAGCAGAGCUUUCUGUCCUGCGAAAGUUGCAGAAGGCAACCCAUGUCUGGAGUACAUCAAAUAUAUUGUGUUUCCAUGGUUUGGAUACUUUGAGGUACUCAGGAAGGAAGAGAACGGUGGUAGCAGGACGUUUCAGAACAUGGAAGAGCUUAUCAUUGAUUAUGAAAGUGGUGCUCUGGGUGCCGGUGAGGUGAAGCUGGCCCUUGCAGAAGCACUAACUAAGAUUCUGAAGCCUAUACAUGACCACUUUGCAAACAAUUGUGAAGCCCAAAAUCUGGAGGAUGAGGCUCUGAGUAGUAUCCCCCGGUACUAGGGAGUAAAGGAGCAAAUGAUGAGUUCAAGGAAAUUUUACUGAAGAUAUAUAAGGGCGAUUACGUGAACUUAAUACACAGGAAAGGUUCAUGGCAGCGUUAUGUCUUGGUACUAAAGAACAUGUGUAUGCUUUCUGUUUGUUUGUUACAAGCCAUUCCGUGCUUCAAUAUAAUGUUUUAUGUCUCAUCAUAUUGUUGACUUUGAUUAGUUACUUCUAAAUAUUCUGGUGUUAUCAAGUUAAGAAAAUCAGGGAUCAAUAU